CCCGUUCCUGCCCCAUUGCUCCGGCCUUGCUGCCCCCCCCCUUCCCUCCACCGGGGGCUGCCCCCUCCCCCGCUCGUCUCGUCUCCUCCCCUCGGCGGGCCGGGCGCCCGCCUCCCGCUCCCGCCUGCCCGGCGCUGGCGGACUCUCUUCCGGCGGCGGGCUGUGCGGAGCGGCGGGCAGCGGGCGCGAGUUCAUGAAAAUGUCAGCAGAUAUACCAUUAAACAUUAAUAUCAAGGAACCCCGUUGGGAUCAAAGCACUUUUGUUGGAAGAGCCAAUCAUUUCUUUACUGUAACAGAUCCCAGGAAUAUUUUAUUACCUAAUGAACAACUAGAAAAUGCAAGAAAAAUUGUACAUGAUUACAGACAAGGUAUUGUAGCUCCUGGGUUGACAGAAGAUGAACUAUGGAGAGCAAAAUAUGUGUAUGAUUCAGCUUUUCACCCAGACACUGGUGAAAAGAUGAUUUUGAUUGGCCGAAUGUCAGCUCAGGUACCAAUGAACAUGACUAUCACAGGUUGUAUGAUGACCUUUUAUAGAACUACUCCAGCAGUGGUCUUCUGGCAGUGGAUUAACCAGUCCUUCAACGCUAUUGUAAAUUACACCAACAGGAGUGGAGAUGCUCCAAUUACUGUCAGCCAGCUGGGAACAGCUUAUGUUUCUGCCACUACAGGUGCUGUAGCAACAGCUCUAGGACUUAAUGCACUAACCAAGCAUGUCUCGCCCCUUAUAGGACGUUUUGUUCCUUUUGCUGCUGUAGCUGCUGCUAAUUGCAUAAAUAUUCCAUUAAUGAGGCAAAGGGAACUCAAAUUUGGUAUCCCUGUUACAGACGAAAAUGGGAACAGGUUAGGUGAAUCAGCCAAAGCUGCUCAGCAGGCCAUUACUCAGGUGGUUGUCUCAAGGAUUCUCAUGGCUGCCCCUGGCAUGGCUAUACCUCCCUUUAUAAUGAAUAGUUUGGAAAAAAAAGCCUUUUUGAAGCGGUUCCCGUGGAUGAGUGCCCCGAUUCAAGUUGGAUUAGUUGGAGUCUGUUUGGUGUUUGCUACACCUCUAUGCUGUGCAUUGUUUCCUCAAAAAAGUUCCAUGUCAGUAACACGUUUGGAGCCAGAAUUGCGAGCCAAGAUCCAAGAGUUCAGCCCUGAUUUAGAACGUGUGUACUUUAAUAAAGGAUUAUAAUUCGAGGAAGGUAGAAUGCCCUUCGAGGAAAAUCUCCUGAGCUCCUUUUUUAAUUGUGUGCCAAUGUUGGUGAAGAGAACUCUAUUUUGACCUCUCCUUUGAUUGUUAAACAAUUUUGACCAUCCAUGUUAUUUUAUAUAAAUAUAUUUUAAAAAAUUAUGAUAAAAUUAUCUUAAAUCACAAACUCAUUACUGUUGUAUUGCCCACUUUGUAGCCAUCAUUUUUUAACUGAAAGUUUAAUCACACAUAUCCAAAAAUGUUUACAUUAGCUUGCAAGCAGCUAAAGACAAAACUCCUCAAAAGGAAAAAAAAUCAAGCACAGAAGGAAAAUCAGAUGAUCUUUUCUGAGAUUUGCUCCUUGUUCCUAGCGUUGCCAACUUUCUGGCAAUUUCAUCACAUGACAUAAUCUUUAAUUCAAGAUUAAUCUUUAAUUCCUGGAGACACUAGGACAAUCCUGGAGCAACCCUACCUGUUCCACCCAGAGUGGGCAGGAAUCCAGAUUUUCAUUUUUCCCUCAACGUAGGGAAAUAUCUUUGUAAAUGUCUUUGGCCCCAUGGUUCAAGUUGUGAUCACAAAUCCUUUUCUUCAGGCCCUCCCUGUCCAGUGUUAGCCUUAUAAGAGUAAUGACUCCAAAGAACAGUUAUAUUAUGGCCAUGCCCCAUUAGCCUCGUUUGCCAUUGCUAAUAAAUAGCGGAAGCGGUUAAUUUUAUUUUGCCUUAUUUUCUUUUGUCUUAUAAUCUUCAAACUUCGUGGAAAGUUCCUGGGGUUUCCUUUUUAACUACAUUCAGCACAUACAGUCCUGCUGUGUUCAGUCCUUUAAGAGUGCUCUUGUUUUCUGAGUGAUCAAUAUUGCAGCAGUACAAUCUGCAUAACCUUUUUGCAUAUGAUGGUUGUUUGGCCAACCUCUCUGUUCCUGGAAAAGCACAAAGGAAACAUAUUGUAUGCUGCUGUUUUAAUCAAUUACUGCACAAAAUUACUGAACACUUUCUGUUACAUUUCAUCAUAUUCUCAAUGUAUCCAAUACACACCCGUUGUAUUACCCAGGCCCACCUAUAUUUAAUAUACAGCAUAUUUAAUGUAACAUUAGAAAGCUUAAACUUAAAGAGCCAAAUUCUCCACUGGGACAGAUUUGUGAAUCUCCACCGACACUGUGCCAGUUUGCACCAGCAGAGAAUUUUGUCCCACAUUUUUAGAUGUUCAAAGUAAUAUACACAAUGAUUGGUGAGUGUUUUACUGACGGUAUGUUGUUAUGCAGCGACUAUAUAACAUAACUAAUGUCUGGAAGUUUAGAGAACAGUCUAGUGGCUGAUUUUGCUUGAUUGUGAUCAGAGUGAAUUAUCUCAUAAAGCAAAGAUUUGUUUGAUGGCUUGUUACGUUUAUGUUUGAUCUGAAAGGAUUAACAGAUCUGAAGCUUUAGUCUCCUUAAAUGCCACUGAGCCUUACCUGCAUUUCUUCUGUAAUUACCUACUUUCACAUUUUUGUCUUAACCUUUCUCGUUGGGAGUGAACUGGUUUCCCCAGUGAAUUCUGACUCUAGAUAUAUUUUAUUGCAAAUAAAUAGUUCUGCAUGAGAAGAAAUGAAAAACAUAAAUUCCAAAAGAUUUGUGUUAUGCUUGAAUGCUUUAGAAAUACAUGUAGAAGUAUAUACACAUCUGCAGAGGAGCCAGAAAGGAAUUUAUUUAAUUAUUACAAUCUCUUAUUUAAAGGAGCUUGUCUCAUUUUUAAACACGCCAUUUCUCCACCCAUUAAUUUUUGAACUCUUGCAAUCAGAUAUAUUUUAUGUGAACUCACUUCCUCAGUUUUGAAAAUUCUGAAAUGUGCAAAUGUUCUAUAAAAAUGAUAUAGCCUAGUUUAAAGAAUAUUAUUGAUAGAUUUCAAUUAAAUAAAGGAGAUACUUCAGUGACCAAAGUAUAGAUCUGAGGAGAAAAAAAAUCAUGGGUAUAUAUUUUUUGUUAACUUUCUUUUUUGAAGCUUCGGUCUAUUAAUGCUUUUCUACAGAACUAAUAUCUGUACAGUUUCAUGAUAUUAUUAAGCAGAACAAAAUAAUAUAAAGAUCAGACAAUUUAUACUGAUCUGCUAGAAAUAGAAUGUUUUUCAAAAAAUAUUUCCAAGUAAAGUGCAAUAAACUCUUACUUAAAACAAGAAAAAUAGAAUAGUUAUAUUUCCACUUGGGGAAUAUAAUUUUCAGUGAUGCAGUUACUGACUACAUUUUUAAUUUAAGUAUUAUCACAAUGUCUUGCCAGUAUUGAUGGAGUUAAUGUUCUAUUUAAAGUGAACUAGAUAAAAUAUUAAAUAAACUCAGACUGAAAUGAAUUGAUUUUUUUCUUAUUGUAUUGUCUUCUAAAUAUAGAUUUUUGUACAUUGAAUUUUAUGGUGCAGUCGACUAUAGCUCAUCUUUUGCACCUCAGAGGCUUUGAGUGCUGAUGUCUGAAAAUUCAUAAUAAAGCAAUCAGUAAA